AUGUUCGAGAAAUCCCUUGUCGACCUCAUUCGAGGCCUUCGUGGCCACAAAGGAAAUGAAGCAGAAUACAUUCAAGGCGCUCUCAAAGAGUGCCGGAGUGAGAUUCGAUCGCAGGAUCUUGACGUCAAGGCAACAGCACUCCUGAAACUGAUAUAUCUGGAAAUGUUUGGCUACGAUAUGACGUGGGCAGCUUUCAACGUCUUGGAAGUUAUGGCCUCGGCCAAACAGAUGCAGAAGCGAGUAGGCUAUCUCGCCGCCGUCCAGAGCUUUCGACCGGAGACCGAGGUCCUCAUGCUGGCUGAGAAUUUGCUGAAGAAGGAUCUCACCUCUCCUUCCAUCCCUAUUCUCUCUCUGCCUUUAGUGACUCUACCACACAUUGUAACGCCUUCUCUGGCUCUGUCCAUUCUCACGGACCUUCUUCCACGAUUAUCGCAUUCCCAGCCCGCUGUGCGCAAAAAGACCAUUGUCACACUUUACAGACUGGCUUUGGUAUACCCGGAAACUUUGAGAGCGGCAUGGCCAAAAAUAAAAGAACGACUCUUAGACGAGCAAGAAGACGGCAGCGUCACGGCCGCCACUGUCAAUGUUGUUUGCGAAUUAGGAUGGCGAAGACCACACGAUUUUUUACCCCUGGCACCGAGGUUAUUCGAUCUCCUCCUGGCGCAAAAGAAUAACUGGAUGGGAAUCAAAAUCAUCAAACUGUUUGCCGUUCUCACUCCUCUCGAACCAAGAUUGGUCAAGAAACUCGUUCGCCCCCUCACGAAAUUGAUCCAGGAAACGACAGCAAUGUCCUUGCUUUACGAGUGUAUCAGUGGGAUCAUUCAAGGAGGCAUCCUGGAUGGAGCAGAAAGUGGAGUUGACGUUGAAGAAGUGGCCGAUCUCUGCAUUUCUAAACUAAGAGGCAUGAUUGUGUUGGAUGGCGACCCAAAUUUGAAAUAUGUUGCACUGCUAGCUUUCAACAAGAUUGUCGGGUCUCAUCCGACCCUUGUCUCUAUGCAGCAAGACGUCAUCAUGGGCUGUCUAGACGACCCGGAUAUUUCAAUCAAAAUGCAAGCACUAGAGUUGGUGCCAGGCAUGGUGAACAGCGGCAAUUUACAAAGCGUCGUUGAUCGACUUAUCAAGCAACUUGCAAGUUCACCAUCGGCCACCGACGUUGCCAAUGGACAUUUGGAUGAAGGACAAACAGACAUGGAGCAGAGACUGAUACUGGAUAAACGAGGAUCAGAGAACGUACCACUGCCGGAUGAGUAUCGUCAUGAAAUGAUUUCACGGAUUCUGGACAUGGGUUCACAAAAUACCUACGCCCACAUCACGGACUUCGAAUGGUAUCUCGAGAUUCUCGUCCACCUGGUCCGGCACCUUCCCGCAGACAAGAACGUUCAGUCAUUGAGAACCUCAACCGACGACAAUACUUCCCUGGGGUCUCGAAUCGGAGGUCAACUUCGUGACAUUGCAGUUCGAGUCAAAGAGCUCCGUCCAGAAGCAAUCAAAGCGGCUGAAACGCUUGUCCUAUUGUCCAAUCGCACAAUCGCGUACCCCAAACAUGGUUCUGGACAAGAUCAAGUCAUGAAAUCAGCGGCAUGGAUAUGCGGAGAGUUUGCCAAUUUUCUAUCCAAUCCUUACGAAGUCCUCAACUCUUUAAUUCACGAAUCGUCAGAAAACUUUUCGCCGGCAACACUGGCAAUAUUCGUCCAAGCCAUUCCGAAGAUCAUGGCCAACAUUGCUAUGACCGCCAACCGGGAAUGGAAUGUCUCAAGAGGGACCACGAUGUCGCUUUUGCUUGCACGCACCACUGAAUUCCUGGACCAACUGUCUUCUCACCCCAACCUUGACGUUCAAGAGAGAAGCGUGGAGUUCCUCGAGCUCCUGCGACUUGUUUCAGAAGCACUGUCCGCACAAUCCCGCGAUAGUAUCCAGGCACCACUUCUUCUCACAUCUGCCAUGCCUUCGCUCUUCUCUGGGAUCGAACUGAACCCCGUUUCAUCGGCCGCGCAGAAGAAAGUCCCGGUACCUCCGGACUUGGACCUUGACGUUCCGAUCAACCCUGAUCUAUCAUCCAUCCUGCAAGCCUCGCAGAUGGCCGACGAGGAUGAAUCUGCCGAUGGCGCCUUCCGCGCCUUCUACUAUGAUCGCGAACCUGUUCAGGCCAUGUCGUCCUUGCAGCCUCACUCGGCCGCCGCCCUCCUCGGAUCGCCUUCGGAACACGAACCGAUGUCAUAUCAAUCCGUCCCCGAGUCUCCAGAUACUCGGGCAAGACGUAAAGCUGAACGACUAGCCCGACACAAGGACGACCCAUUUUAUAUUGCGCCUUCUGGAGAAUCAAGCCCUCGUCUCCACGACGUUAUCAGCAAAUCAAAUGGAGAUGACGAAUUGGAUGUCGAUUCCAUCCCGAUUAUUGACCUCCAGAUUGACCAGGUGCGAACGACAGCGGCAAACACAGGAUUAGAGGAAUUUCAGCACGACCACCAACGCCCGGCAAGAAAGAAGAGGCCAAUGCGGAAGUUUGUGGUCGCCGCAGAUGAAACUCUCGACCUGGGUGCGGACGGGACACUCUUUUCGCGGUCUUUGUCACAGUCAGCAUCCAACUCAACCUCUCUAUCUACCACCCCGGUGACCAAUCGACCUCGCUCGCUCAGCCCCCAUCCAAAAUCCCGUACCCAAGCUCCGACUCGGCCAACACGAAGCCUCCUCACCGUUGACUCGUCAAAUCUCAAAAAUCUCAGCCUCGAAGGAGCGGGGGAAAUCGAAUCAGAGAUUCUCCGACGCGAAGCAGAGGAAUUGGAGAUGGCCAUCGCCCUUCGCGAGGUGGAGAAAAAGAGACUUGAAAUGCAACGAGAGGCUGAACGAGAGAGGACGGUGAUGGGCGAAGGGGUUGAUGUGGAAGGGACCGUGGUCCGAAAGAAGCAGAAGAAGAAGCAGAUACGGGCCCAAGUCGGGGAUGCGAAUGCAGCACCUCAAAUUGAAAGUGAAGAUCGCGGCGACGAAGAGGUUGUCAAGAAGAAAAGGAAAAAGAAGAAGAAGGCGAAGGCCGUGGAAAGAGUGGAGGCUGGAGAAGGGAAUGGACAUGGAAUGGCGGAAAAGGAUUUGGCAAUUGAAUAA